AUGUUUGUCAAAUAUUCUUUAGUUUUAAUUAUCUGUACCUUGUUACUCUCUGCUUUUUCUGGUAAUAGCUUUGUAUCUGCUGGUAUGGCUACCGGUAGUUAUGGUAAUGAUCCAAGUGUUAUCCACGACCCAAUUGUAAAGAUCUAUGGCCAUUGGGACUUUGAAGGUUCAUUGUAUGUAUACAAUAAAACUGAUGGUUAUGUCCAAUUACCUGACGAAUUCCGUAACAAUGUUCAAUCAUUCCAAUCUGGUAUUGAUGUAUGCUUUAUCAAAUGGUAUCCAAGAGAACAAUACCAAAUCAAAGCUGGUGAUUACCAUAAAAACUAUGCUGCAUUAACAAACUUUGGUCAAAGAAUGGACGGUCUCUAUGCUGGAUCUUGCUCUGAUGUCAUCUGCCCUGUUUCAAACUAA